AUGCAUCUUCAUUGGAAGUAUCGGGAACUUGUGAAGAUAAUAUGUAAUAAACAGGUUAUAAGCCUUGAAGAUGUCCAACAGAUAGCUCAGACCUUAGAGGCAGAAAGUGGCGGAAUAUUAAUUGCAGUAGAAAGAGUGCGCAAGGGCUAUGCAAUCAUUGUGUAUCGUGGAAAGAAUUAUAGUCGGCCUGCAAGUUUGAGGCCUCGAACACUUUUAAAUAAAAAAGAAGCAUUGAGGCGCUCUAAAGAAGCACAGCGCUCCGAGUCAUUGAAGCUCCAUGUUUUGAAGCUAGAUAGGAACAUAAACAAAUUGAAACUUCAAAUGGCUCAAGAUACGGAGGCAAACAAUAAGCAAUUUCCAGUUGACAAUCAACAAGCUAUAAACAAGCAGCCACUUCAACUGAUUGAUAGUGGUGGAGCUCAUCUAGCUGAACCAGGAAAUUCCAUAAAUUGGAAUUCUCCUUAUGAAGUUUCUAUUGAAUAUCGACAAGCAAUACAGGAGCAGUCAGUUGAGCUGCUUGAUGGUGGUGGAGCUCAUCAAAGUGAAGCUGACAAUUUCAUAAAUUGGAACCCUACCAAAGAAGCUUCCAUUGAUAAUCCGCAACCAAUACAGGGGCAGCCAGUUGAGCUGAUAGAUAGUGGUGAAGCUCAUCAAGGUGAACCAGAAAAUUCCAUAAAUUGGAAUUCUCCUAAGGAAGCCUCUGUUGACAAUCAGCAAGCUAUACAGGAUCAGUCAGUUGAUUUGAUUGAUGGUGGCGGAGUUCAUCAAGAUGAACCAGGAUCCUGGCCUGGUUUGAUUCCUAAAGAUACAAAGUUGGAUAGAGUUAGUGAUUCUGUGGUUGAUACUGAGCAUUGCGUCUCGAUUAGCAAGUUAACGGAAUCAUCAAUAUCGUCUAAGAGUGAUCCUGACCUAUCAGCUCUGGUGAGAGAUAUGAGUUCAAAUGGGUUACCUUCUAGAUCGGUAUAUCUUUCCAACAGAGAGAGACUUCUUCUGCGAAAGCAGGCAUUGACUAUGAAAAAGCGGCCUGUCCUUUCUGUAGGAAAGAGCAAUAUUGUAACUGGUAUUGCGAAAGCAAUCAAAGCUCACUUCCAGAAACAUCCUCUUGCCGUAGUUAAUAUCAAAGGAAGGGCAAAAGGGACCUCAAUUCAGGAGGUGGUGUCCAUGCUAGAGCAAGCAACAGGUGGCAUUCUAGUCUCUCAGGAGUUUCACAAAAUCAUACUGUACAGGGGUUGGGGGGAAGGAGAGAAACCUAGCCCUGCUAUAAAUGUUAAGAAAUUGGGUAAAGAGGCAGAGACAAAGCCCAGUGUAUCUCCUGAACUCUUGCAAGCAAUCAGAAUUGAAUGUGGAUUGCAGUAA